GUGUGGAAUGCAUAAACAAGGAAUGUUGUAGGCAUUGCUGUUGUUUUGUUUUAAGGACUUGCAUUUAUGGAACUGAACGUAAAUAUUUGUCAUCUGAUAAACAGAAAUUAAAUUACGAACAAUUAUAAGGCUCAACCUAUGAAAACGCGUUUUUAGACCUAAAGUCCAGAUUUGAGGAGAAUACCCUUUAAUUCUAAGUAUGCAUAUUUUGUGUGCUUCACUAGAUAUAUAACAUUUGCAGUCACAGAGUGUUAUUAUCCCGACGAAAUCCGUGUCGGUGGUACCGGGAGGGGAACGGUACAUGACGGUAGGAGGUGUACUUUGGGUUAAAGUAUUUAGUACAUGUUAUAUGAUGUUAACUUUUCGGAAGGAAGAUAAAGCGCCGCAGUGUAUCGUAUCGCACCUAUUUGAGGGCCUUUGGUUUUCAUCGUUAUCGCAUCAAAUACGAUAUCGCAUCGCACCGGCAGUAUCGCAUCUGUUUGAGGUCACCUUUAUUCGCAUACGGGAUAUUCUCGAAGUCUUGCAAAGCCCUUGCUCGGCCCACGAAUUGCAUGGUAAAAACCGGUUUUCCUUUGCGACAACUUUGCAAACCUUGCAAACCGUGCAAUCCGUGCACGGUGCAAGAUCUUUGCAAGACUUCGAGAAUACCGCUAUAGUUAUGUGCAUUCUGAGCACUCCGUUGAAUACUGGCCCAUCGUUUCUCAGCCAAAGUUAGAAGAUUGCGGGCUGCACUCU